UGCCGCUCAUUUGAUGUCGUUUGUGUCGAGACAUUCUUUAUUGCAUCACAAAAAAUUAUUGACCAAAACAACAAAACAAUAACAACAACGCCAGCAGCCGUCGAUCGCUUGCUUCAUAGACUAAACUCGCCAACGCUCCUUUCAGGUUCUUGGACGAGCAGCCAUUGAUUAUAAUUAUUAUUAUUAUCAUUCUCAUUCAUUAUUGAUUGAUUUUUUUUCGUCCUUUUAUCUUUUCUCGAUUUUAAGCCUGCAACUUCGGAUCUACUUUUAGAACCCUCUUCUUUCAUAUUAUUCUAUACACUUUUGCAACUGGUAUCCCCUGAUAAUGAACUAAUCAUCGCUCAACAACAUGCGCCCAACUGGAUCUUCGACUACGUCGUCUCCCGGACGGAGAGCUCUGCAUGAGCGCAGUUCUUCUCAAACGAACGAGGCUUCACCACCACAAUCCCUACGAGUUGUUAGUGAUAAGCACAAUGACCAGGGGGAUAAAUCUGAUGUUUACAUGGCGACUCCGUAUCCGACCAAACCGGAACAUAUCCUCUUGCCACGGCCCGGGAAAGGUCAAGAAUUCAUCCCGGAUUCUAAGUUCCAUGUUGAUGAGACACCCAAUGAAUCUAGUGCCACACUGUCAACGGAACUUAGUCAGAUUUUGGAUAGCAGCUUGAUUGAGCAGUCUACUGGCGAUCCGUGGGACUUGUCUUCAACCUUCGAUGCUGCAAAUUCCCCGCCUCAGGUGUGGGAGGAUGGUCCUGCCUCCAGCAAGUCCUCUUUUCCAGAUCCUGGUCCUGCACAGCACAAAGCAAUUGACCUUCGGUCUGACGAAAUUUCUUUUUCGGAUGAGGAGCCGAAUACGCUGCCUGCGGCUGCUCCAACAAUCAAGACUGUAGUUUCCGACACGUCAUCCGGUCAACCAUCUCGCCCUGCAAAUGCUGCAUCAAGCAAUUCUAGUCCCAAUGUAGUACCUAUUGGGCCAUCCUCUAGUCCGAAUUUCGUUGCUCUUGACAGCUCAAGUCUGAAUUUUGUCCCGCUUGGCGCUUCGUCCAACCCAGAGAGCGGCUCGCGCUCAAACUCGCUCUCUUCCUUGAACUCCCUAGGAACCGUGAUCAGGUAUAUAGGAGCUGCUCCCUGGACGCAUGGCUCAUCUUCCGAACAGUCGAGUUCACACUCUUACUCUUUUCGUUCCAAUCCCCCGUAUCCCGGGCCGUCUGUGCGCUCGAAUUCAAAUCGCGUGCGUGAACGGAGUCACUCUCGGUCUGUUACCUCAUCCUCUCGCAGCGAUCCAUCCUCAGAUAUUCAAGCGAUUGUGGAUAGCGACUCCUUGGAACACACCGGCCACGAGACCGCAGCGGAUGGUGUCUCGGAACACUUCAAAUCGCACUUAUCCACAGUUACGUCUCGAUGGUCCGCUGAGUACGAUUCUAGGUCAGCUUCUCCGGCCGACCGUACCAAUACGCCCGAGCCGUCUAGGCCUGUUGCAGCGCUUGCCCGUCAGAGACCGACAUCGUCUUCGGUGUGGUUAAUAAACAGCGCGGACGGAGAUGAAUACUUGGAUGAUGUUUCUAAUCUUCCAGCCCGUCCUUCAAACCCGGCGGUACCGAGUAGCCACUCCUCCGGAUCGAGACAAAGCAGCGUUCGCAGUACAAAGCGGCCGGGCACUAGCUCUAGUAUGGCCUUUAAUGUACUGCCUACCUGGGCCAAAAUGUACUAUGGGCAACCUGUGAGUUCUGCACUAUCCUUGGUGGAAGGUAGUCGUCCAUCCUCAUCGCGUCCUGCAACGCCCAACCUCAACCCCCUCCAUCGUAUAUCCACCGCCGUUACACGCCCGAGGACUCGCACAAAUGAAACCGGACAAAGCAUACGUUGGAUGAGCAGAACUGAUCCACGCGACCCUCGGACUCACUGGGUGAAAGGCUCAGAGGCUGCGGCGAGACCCGGAUAUUCGCGUCAUCAAUUGCGACACAGCUGGUCCCCGCAUUUGUACCCUGACAGGCGCAAUGUUCAACAGAGGGGGAGUGCUUGGAGAGCCCCGUCCAUGGAUUCACGAACAGAGCCUUUCCUUGGGCGGAGGAAUAUUCAAGUAUGGUCGUUUUGCCUGGGAUUUGUAUGCCCAUUUGCAUGGCUCAUCGCGGCAUUCCUUCCCUUGCCCCCUAAACCAGAUAUGAUGCUGGAUGAAGACAGUGAGCCCGGACGUGAAAAGACACUCCAAAUGCGAGUACUUGACCUUGAACGGAAGCGGUACGAAAAUGCUAGGUGGUGGAGGAACCUUAAUCGAUGGAUGAACCCUCUGGGACUGUUGAUCAUUACUAUCAUUGUCACCCUGGCUGUCGUGGGAACCAAGGUGGGCUUCUAACGCACAUCAACGCUCUUGACGACCCUUCUUCUGGCGUUAUAUGGAGGCCAUACUGGUUGCUCUUUUUCUCUCUCUUCCUUUUCGCUUCUUCGACCGGAUCGGACUUCGACGAUCUUCGUUAUUACUUCCUGGGAGUCGGUUUCUUCAAGGCUGCCGUACCUAUCGGUAACAUCAGUCCCGCGUUUUGAUACCC